UUCACUUUCAUAUAGGUUAUGUCAUGAUAUCAAACAAACUCAUUAAGGUGAUUAGAUACUGUUUUUGGUUUUUGUAAAUAAAUUUAAAGCCUGUAUACCUAAUUAUUUACUAAUAUUUGAAGUAUAUGUUUUAACAGAUGUGCAAUAAUUUUUUACCUAUUUACACAUCUUUUCAAUGAAAAGAAAAAGUUAGAAUACCUACCAUGUUUGAUCAAAAUUGAAAUACCUACCAUUAAUAAUUUAUUUAUUUUUUAUAGUGGCAUCCAAGCAUGUUAUAUCAUUUUCUGUGAUAGCAGAAUUUUUCAAAAAUUAUUCAUCACAGCUGCAAAGAGGUGAAAAUUCUUACGAAAGUGGGAAUGUUGUAAGAAUGAGUUUUGAUAGUGACAUUGUACCAGCUUUAUUGAAAGGCGAAGUUAAAGCAAGUAUGAGAAACAAAAACUAUACAGUGGAGAUCUCAAUUAAUUUUGAUGAUGGCAUAGUAGACAGUAAAUGCUCUUGUCCAAGAGGUCUAGCUGCAUGUCCCCAUAAGGCAGCCCUUUGCAUAUAUGCUCAUCAUAACAUCAGUGUAACUGAUAAGGCAUGUGUGUGGAACAAACCAAACAUACAAGAUGAAGUUGAUGUCAUUACGAAGAUAAAAGACAUCUACCAGCCUAAAAGAACAAAUUACACAGCUGUUCAAAGACUAGCAAAUGAGAACGAACUUGAUCUAUUCAAGAAAGAAUUGGGAUAUUCAAAUCCUACUGGAUUUUCUUGGUGGCUAAUGUCUACUCCUUCAGAAAAGAUUCUCCUCAAUCAAAGCAUUGAAGAUGUUAUCUUUUCCGAAGAAUAUGCAAAUGCCUCGAAUAAAGAAUUUUUUUUCGAGAAAUGUGGUGUAACCAAGGCCAUAGUACUGUUGGUGCACCAACCAACAAUAGGACAGGAGAACAGUGAAAACUGGUUGAUUGCACGUAAGCACAGGAUAACAAGCAGUAAAUUUGGUGUUGUUUUGUUUGCUUGUAAAAGAAAUAAAUAUCCAAAAUCAUUGUUUAAAAGUUUACUGGAGGGAUAUGAUUUAAGUAUCACAUAUUUCCAGUCAUGCGAGAAGAUGAUGUAA